AUGCACAUUCUAUUAUCAGAAACGCACAAGGGGACUGGGGCUGGAUUGCCAAAACAGAAAAGUUUGCUCCGCGUGGCGGGUAAGCUUUCUGCGUUCCAUGGUGAUACCCGGAUACAAAAUAUAUUUAGCACUUCGAUCAAGCGGCACCACAGCGCACCGGUUUCCGGAGCCUACGGGCAAAUGGAAAUGGAGAAGGGCAGAAUAUCGAGUCUACUCGUUCAAGUGUAG